AGCCUUCCCUCUGGACUUUGCCAUUUCCGUGGAUUUUGCGAUGGCCUGAGCCUCUGCUGCUCAGCUGCUGGUCUUGGGCCCUCCUCAGUCAAAGCCAGCCUUCCUGAGGCUCCAUGACAGUGAACCCAGACACAGCCUCUUCGUGUUCACUGGCAACUUCAGAGCCUUGCGGCUUCUCACAGCCAAGCUCUACUCCAGGAAGUGAAAAUGGGAUGCCCCGAGAGGCACUGAUUGCCACGGCAGUGAAGUUUCUACAGAAUUCCCGGGUCCGUCAGAGCCCACUUGCGACCAGGAAAGCGUUCCUUAAGAAGAAAGGGCUGACAGAUGAAGAGAUCGAUUUGGCUUUCCAGCAGUCGGGCACAGCUGCGGAAGAGCCUGCGUCCUUGGGCCCAGCCACCCAGGUGGUUCCUGUCCAGCCCCCUCACCUCGUUUCUCAGCCAUACAGCUCUGUGGGUUCCCGAUGGAGAGAUUACAGUGCAUUGGCCAUCAUCAUGGCAGGAAUCGCAUUCGGCUUUCACCAGCUCUACAAGAGAUGCCUGCUCCCCCUGAUCAUGGGCGGCCGAGAGGACAGGAAGCAACUGGAGAGGAUGGAGGCGAGUCUCGCGGAGCUGAGUGGCAGCGCGGCACAGACAGUGACUCAGCUGCAGGUGACGUUAGCCUCUGUCCAGGAGCUGCUGACUCAGCAGCAGCAGAAGGUCCAGGAACUCGCCCACGAACUGGCCACAGCCAAGGCCACCUCGUCCACCAACUGGAUCCUGGAGUCCCAGAAUCUCAAUGAGCUCAAGUCGGAAAUUAACUCCUUGAAAGGGCUUCUUUUAAAUCGGAGACAGUUCCCGCCGUCCCCGUCGGCCCCAAAGGUCCCCUCCUGGCAGAUCCCGGUCAAGUCGCCGUCACCUUCCAGCCCUGUGGCCGUGAACCAUCACAGCAGCAGUGACAUCUCACCUGUCAGCAACGAGUCCACGUCGUCCUCGCCUGUGAAGGAUGGCCACAGCCCCGAGGGCUCCACAGCCACGUACCACCUGCUGGGCCCCCAGGAGGAGGGCGAGGGGGUGGUGGACGUGAAGGGCCAGGUGAGGAUGGAGGUGCAGGGUGAGGAGGAGAAGAGGGAGGACGAGGAGGAUGAGGAGGACGAGGACGUGAGCCACGUGGACGAGGAGGACUGUCUGGGGGUGCAGAGGGAGGACCGCCGGGGGGGGGACGGGCAGAUCAACGAGCAGGUGGAGAAGCUGCGGCGGCCCGAGGGCGCUAGCAACGAGAAUGAGCGGGACUAGGCCCCUGGCUCGUGCCCUGCGUGACCGGCCGGGCCCUGGCUCCUCUGGCUCUGGGAGGCACCUUAGCCGGGUAGGGGCUCUGGGGCCCGGGCACCACUGGCCCCUGUGCGUGGGGUUGCCCUUCUGUCCACCCAGCCUCCUCUCACCAUCCGCCUGGCCCUGGCCCGCCUUGCAGCUCAGCCCGACGACAGGCGGCCUUUGACCUUGUUCUCGUGGCAGCUGAGGGCUGUGAGUUCUCUGGGCGGAAGCCCCCCUCAGCCGUGUCUCCCGGGCAGAUGUCUUGUCCAGGGAGUGUCUGCUGAGCGUCUUAGCUAACCUAACACCGUGCAUGACAAGAGGUAGUUUGUUACCUGACUCCUGACCCUCAGGGGAGGGAGAGCUGCGUGGAUGUGGUGUCUGCUGCCCUUACCCCCGCCCCAGGCUCCUUCCCUCGCUUCUUGCCAGGGGCCAAGCCAGGGGCGAAGGGGCCGUGGUGUCCCUGCAGCUCCUUUCUCUCCCGAGGCAAGGGCCUCUGGGGGCCCACAGCCAGGCCCUGCCGACUGAUGCCACCUGCGCGCCUGUCCCAGCCCCACUGUGCCCUGCCGUCCUCCCAAAUGAAAUCCCAUCGCGCUUCUGACUGCUCGCUCGCUGGCCACGCCUGGCUCGGCUCCUGGCCCCCGUGGCGGAGGUGGUUCUCACACCCACGCAGGAGCCAGGUACAGGGCCUUCCUGUCUGUCCUUCCCACCCGGAAACACAUGCUCGUCUGUGCUACCAGGUAGAGGUGUCAGAAUACAAGCUACGACUGUAUAUAAUUGUAAUAAAGACGAGUUGCCACUA